AUGGCCUUAUUACGCCUUGCAUACCUCGAAUCGGAUGAUUCGGAUGAUCCCGAGCUCAUUCCUGAGUCCUCGCCCUGUCAAGCACCGAGUCAACCAGCACCCAGCAAGCCAGCAUCCAGGAUCGAUCAACCAGACGGGACCCCUCCAAACAAAGUCUGGAUACUCAAACACAACAACGAUCACCUACAAGUUCCCAGACUACAAAUACAGAACUACAAAUCAGAGGCGUCAUCGAAGCGGAAAAUGUACCGCCGAAAUUUGGCAGCAUUAGGAAAGCCCUAG